GCUAUCUCCGCACCGUCGGGUCGCUAUCCGGUACUGCGCAUGCGGUUUCGAACAGGGGCAGAAAGAUGGCCGCGAACGGGAUGGAGGUGGAGCCGGCGGCAACACUGAGUGUGAUGGCGUCUGGAGUGACCGGGAGUGUCUCUGUCGCAUUGCACCCACUAGUUAUUCUCAACAUCUCUGACCACUGGAUCCGGAUGCGCUCUCAAGAGGGGAGACCUGUGCAGGUGAUUGGUGCCUUGAUCGGAAAGCAGGAGGGCAGAAACAUCGAGGUGAUGAACUCUUUCGAGCUGCUGUCUCACAUGGUGGAGGAAAAGAUUGUUAUUGACAAGGAGUAUUACUACACCAAAGAGGAGCAGUUUAAGCAGGUCUUUAAAGACAUGGAGUUCCUGGGCUGGUACACCACGGGGGGCCCUCCAGACGAAUCUGAUAUCCAUGUUCACAAGCAGGUCAGUGUACAGCAUGCACAGUCUGACACAAGUGCUAGCCGACUCCUGUCUAGC